GGUGACGAUGAUUGCAACUCCGACGAUUUGCCAGACAUUAGGCCGCUGGGGAGGAACGAGAUGAAUGGCGGAGCGACUGCGAGGAAGGGUCCUGCUACGAAAAGUCGACGGAGCAAGAAAAUGGAUGACGACACGGGCCGGAGCGAUGGCGAGGGCGGCCGAAAUUUCUGGUCGCUCAAAGAUACGAUCGCACUGGUCAGGGCAAAAAGGUAUCAAGAUCUGUAUAUCGCCGGCAUGGGCACCAGUUUCGGCCGCAUGAAAACGAGGGAGUGGAAGUGGGAGGACGUGCGGGCGAGGUUGCAGUCGAUGGGCGUGACGAGGGAUGCUGUCGACUCCGGGAAGAAAUGGGACAACUUGAUGCAGCAAUUCAAAAAAGUCCACAAGUUCCAGAACCUCUCCGGCGGAAAAGACUACUUCAAGCUUGCUUCAAAGGCCAGGCGAUCGGAGGGCUUCAGCUUCGUCAUGGACCGGAGCGUGUACGACGAAAUGGAGGCCAUGACGAAGGGGGAUCACACGAUCCACCCGAAAAAUUUGGCGGACACAAAGGCGGCCAGUGGGGUUCAGAUGCCGGCAGGCGCGGGGGAUGGAGGGGACACCAUGGGCACUGAGGGUGGAGGGGAGGCAGCCAACGAGGAGCAGGGGUCGACAAAAGACUCCACAUUCAGCGCGGGGAGCGGCAGCGGUUAUGGGAAGAGGAAGAACACGCGACAACAAACCUUCAAGGCUGUCGCUGAGGUCAUGGACAAGCAUGGUGCGCUCAUGGCGAACACGAUGGACAGCGCGAGCAAGCGGCAAUGCUUGAUGAUGUUAUGUUAGUGCGAAAUCCUAGAGAGCGAAGUGGAAGUGCAGAGGAAACAUUAUGCUGCGGCGGAUGAGGCGGACAGA